AUGCGCGGUGAUCGCGCCGGUCGUGACACGCGACACAACAAGGAUCAUGAAAACUUAAAGUCGUCGCUCAAAAAAGGAGCAAAGACUAAAAAAAACAGGGUAGUCUUCGACGAGAGCGCUAAUGAAUUUUUCGAGGCCGAUUAUAUUAUUGUAGUUCGAGAUGAGUGCGGGUAUUCUGAUGAGGGAGAAACCGAGGAGUGCUCGGGAUGCGGGGCUUGCGAGCGGUUCCAGGAGCCGGAGCCCGGUGCCCUUAGCCCGCCGGAAGGGUACAAAGAUAUGGGGCUUUUUAACCGGGAUGGAACGUUGCGAGAGCAAGCAUGGUGGGAUGCUGGAGACGUGGUUUUGGUGGGAGAGCGCUCGGGCACGGUGUUCACGCCGCAACAUUUGCAACUGCUUCGAAAACUUCAAAGGGAGAGGAUGUUACGCUCUACCGUGUGUGCAGACUGCGAUGCUCAUACAAAUAUUCAUCAGCCGCUCGGUGAGUCACAUACGUCCUUGCCAAGGACGGACGCCAUCUGGCCGGCCUUGCUCUUGAUAUAUCUCAUAUUUCUCAUU